AUCGUGAAUCAAGGCAAUAGCAAUGGCAAUGCAGGCCGACCGUACUAUUUAUGCGACCAUUGCCAUAGAUGGAUUACAUGGGGCGACAACCGUGGUAUAUCUGGUGGUAAUCCAUUGUGCUUCUGUGGUGCCAUCAGUCGUCAAGAUCGAGCAGGUAAUGAAACUAGCAUACCUAGGUUGGGAUUUUGGACGUGUGCGACAGGAAGUUGCGACUAU